GCGGUUAACCAAUGGCAGGAGCCGUUUCAUCCGCUCCACAAGCAGCAAGAUCAAAAGUGAGUCUUUCCUUAUUGCUGCAUAGUGUCAAUUGGCCAAUCUCUUCUCCCAGGGAAAAAAAAAGUAAAUCAAACGUUGGGGAAGCAUUUGGUGGGAGAAGUGCUUUCUGCCUCGUGAGGGUCCCAGGAUGUCUAGUUUAUGUUAAGAGGAGCCCUUUAGAACCCGAGACUGAAGGGUUAUUAGAUUGGUGCUAGAGCUAUGCAGCUGGAGCAUUGUCUUUCUCCCUCUAUCAUGCUCUCCAAGAAAUUUCUCAAUGUGAGCAGCAGUUACCCACAUGCAGGCGGAUCUGAGCUUGCCUUGCAUGAUCAUCCCAUUAUCUCGACCACUGACAACCUGGAGAGAAGUUCACCUCUGAAAAAAAUUACCAGGGGGAUGACGAAUCAGUCAGAUACAGACAAUUUUCCUGACUCCAAGGACACACCAGGGGACGUCCAGAGAAAUAAACUCUCUCCCGUCUUGGACGGGGUCUCGGAGCUUCGUCACAGUUUCGAUGGAUCUGCUGCAGAUCGCUAUCUGCUCUCUCAGUCCAGCCAACCCCAGUCCGCUGCCGCUGCGCCUAGUACCAUGUUCCCUUACCCCAGCCAGCAUGGACCCGCUCACCCAGCCUUUUCCAUCGCCAGUCCAAGCCGCUACAUGGCUCACCAUCCUGUGAUCACCAAUGGAGCUUACAACAGCCUCCUGUCCAACUCUUCUCCACAAGGUUACCCAACGGCAGGCUACCCUUAUCCCCAGCAGUACGGCCAUUCCUACCAAGGGGCGCCUUUCUACCAGUUUUCCUCCACCCAGCCGGGGCUGGUGCCCGGCAAAGCUCAGGUCUACCUGUGCAACAGGCCACUCUGGCUGAAAUUUCACCGGCACCAGACAGAGAUGAUCAUCACCAAACAAGGGAGGCGCAUGUUCCCUUUCCUAAGUUUUAAUAUUUCUGGUCUCGAUCCCACGGCUCAUUACAAUAUUUUUGUGGAUGUAAUUCUGGCCGAUCCCAACCACUGGAGAUUUCAAGGAGGCAAAUGGGUUCCCUGCGGCAAGGCGGACACCAAUGUACAAGGAAACCGAGUGUACAUGCACCCCGAUUCCCCCAACACAGGAGCCCACUGGAUGCGUCAGGAAAUCUCUUUUGGGAAAUUAAAACUUACAAACAAUAAAGGAGCAUCAAACAACAACGGGCAGAUGGUGGUCUUGCAGUCCUUGCACAAGUACCAGCCCCGUUUGCAUGUGGUGGAGGUGAACGAAGACGGGACGGAGGAUACUAACCAGCCGGGCAGAGUGCAGACUUUCACCUUCCCGGAGACUCAGUUCAUAGCCGUCACCGCCUAUCAGAACACCGAUAUCACACAAUUGAAAAUAGAUCACAACCCUUUUGCAAAAGGCUUUCGAGACAAUUAUGACACGAUCUACACGGGCUGCGACAUGGACCGGCUCACGCCUUCCCCCAAUGACUCUCCCCGCUCGCAGAUCGUGCCCGGGGCCCGCUACGCCAUGGCGGGCUCCUUCCUGCAGGACCAGUUCGUGAGUAACUACGCCAAGUCCCGCUUCCACCCGGGCGCUGGCGCUGGCCCGGGACCAGGCAGCGACCGCAGCGUGCCCCACACCAACGGGCUGCUCUCUCCACAGCAAGCCGAGGAUCCUGGGGCCCCGUCUCCGCAGCGCUGGUUUGUCACGCCGGCCAACAACCGCUUAGAUUUCGCGGCCUCCGCUUACGACACGGCCACUGACUUCGCUGGCAAUGCCGCCACCCUGCUGUCCUAUGCAGCGGCCGGGGUCAAGGCGCUGCCCCUGCAGGCCGCUGGUUGCACUGGGCGGCCGCUGGGCUACUACACUGACCCUUCGGGAUGGGGGGCGCGCAGCCCCCCGCAGUACUGCAGCAAAUCCAGCUCCAUGCUCUCCUGCUGGCCCAACAGUGCAGCCGCUGCCCGAAUGGCCACCAGCAACCCUUACCUAGGGGAGGAGGCGGAUAGCCUGGUCACCGAGAGAUCCCCCUUGCCGGGCGCUGAGGACUCCAAGCCCAAAGACUUGUCUGACUCCAGCUGGAUCGAGACCCCCUCGUCCAUUAAAUCCAUCGAUUCCACCGAUUCUGGGAUUUACGAGCAGGCCAAGAGGAGACGGAUCUCGCCCUCUGACACCCCGGUGUCGGAGAGCUCCUCUCCCCUCAAGAGCGAAGUGCUGACCCAAAGGGACUGUGAAAAGAACUGCGCCAAGGACAUCGGCUACUAUGGCUUCUACUCCCACAGCUAGACUCUGCCCCGUCCCCGUGCUUCGCUCUGUAGUCGGUCUCACACCGCCACGAUCUCCAGUGAACACAACAGUCCUUUUGCACAACAACGUUUCAGCAGUUAGCGCACUGAUCCUAACUUUAGCUGUAUCUUUUUAUUUCCCCCGUGAGAGAGUUUUAGCUGUAAUCCUCGCUCCCUGUUUCCCUUUCUGAAGUGUAAAGAAACCCUAUAACCCCUUUAGGAGAUCUUGACAUUCUUUGGCACCCGGUGCUGGCGCUGAUAUACGAAAGCAGCAAUUCUGCCGUUGAAUCUCCUUCUAAUUCUCCUAACCCCAUUGAUGAGCAGGAUGACUGACUCUCAAAACCAUACAGCGCUUCUUUCCUUUUCCAUGGAUGGAUAGUUGGGGAUGUUAGUAAUGUUAGUGGAACAAAGCCUGUGAAACGCCUGUACAUAGUGUUUAAUUUAUUGUAACGAAUGACUAUACUUUUUGUUCCCAUUGUGAAGUCCCAAAACUAGAUCAUGUUUAACUUUCUCGAUUUCUCCUUUCCCAACCCCCAAAGUUCACUCUCUGUUCUAAAUGCCUCUGGAAACACAAAAUGUCCCAUAGAAAUAGCACUGAAUAAUGGGUUUCACACUUCCUUACAAUCCCUCGCAUAGAAUAAAUUACUCUGUGCCCCGGGCUGACACAGCUAAGGAGUAUCUGUGUUUGCCCCUCAAAAGAAUAGAAAUCUAUCUAGUUGGAAAGUCGAUUAAGUAGCAGGACGCCUUCAAACAGCGAAGUAACUGCAUCUGUAAAUUUUUUUUUCUUAAAGAGGAGUAGCUCGAUAGCAACGUUAUUUUUGCCCUAUUUGUUCCUCCCACCCCUCAAAGUGCCAAAUCCAUUACUGGCCUGUGCAGGUGCCAAAUAUGCUGGCAAACAGUUUUCAAAUUUCUUUGCAGUUUCUCCCCCUUCAUUUAUAUUUCUGUAAAUCGUUGUAAUGAAUAACCUACAAACGAUAUAGACGACUGAAUUGUUGGUAAUCAUAGUGUAGUCCAGUGAAGAUGAGUUGUGAGUUGUAUAUUUUACUGCAUUUAGUUUUGGAAUUGACUUUUUCAUAAAGUAGAUAACUGAAUCUAACUUUCUGGGGGUACUGUAAGUAUUGCGAGUAAGAGUGAUCUAUCAUCCUCUACGCCUCGCUACGUUUGAGAAGGAGCAUUAAUAACCCCCAAGCUCUCCCCCGUGAAAGUAGAAUAGUAAGUCUUUGAAUUCUGAGUAGUAAAUCUAUACAAUUAAAUCAUUUUUAUAAGGAAAAAAAAAUCAAGUAAAAUAUGCAUCAGGCAAAAUAGUCAGCCAAGAUUCCAGCCGACGGGGAAUUUUUCCUAAUAGAAAUUCAGGGUCAUAAACGUGUGUAUAUUUUUGGCUCCUCUGUAAAUCAAAUGUUGUGAUUUUUAUAUUUGUUCUGUUAUGUGUGUGGAACUGAAUGAUUUAUACAAGUGCAAGCUCCAUUGAGAUGUUUUGUUUUUUGCCCGUUUGUAUUGUCUGUGUAUAACAAGUAAAAUAAACCUGGCAAAACGUUAACGUGGUGUUUGAAAGCAGUUUGCGUUUUACAAAGAUGCAAUUGAAAUGAUCUAAAUGGACUGGGGGAAGAAAUCCCCUGGAUACUAAUAGCAGCUCACUUUCUAACCUUUUCAUGGGUUUCGAGUGAUAGAUUAAAAACAUGCGGUGAUUCCAUUGUUUCCCUGUCCUAUAGUGUUGUGUAGUUCCAGGUUUGCAUUUCUGCUUUCCCGGAGGGGCACAGGGGAAGUGGGAGUGGAAUGCUUUCUCCUUUCCUAUCGCCUGACCAAUGUAUUGACUUGAGGUCACUAGGAAAAGGGAGAGAGGGUUGAAGUCUUUUCGGAGUUGAGAGGUUUAUACCUAAACAAUUCUCUACACGUAAAAAGCAUUUUGCGAAACGCAGCCUUGUCUUACGUUUGUGUGCGGAGUAGGGGCUGAGCGCUUACGGGACGGAAGCUGUGGCUAUAGCAAUGGUUUGACACAGUGUCCCCUGAGGUGAGGUUAUUGGAAAUGCGAGCCCAGGAGGUGCCACUCGCUUUAAAGGCUGAGUUCGUUAGCAUUGGCUGGAGCUUUGGAGCAGGACGCCAGACGCAUUUUGAGCCUGCAUUGUGUGCUGGGUUAGGCUUCCAUCCACUCUCUUUGCCCAUUUUCUGGUAGCGAUGGGAGUUGGGGACUAAGUAGCUUUGUAUCCUCUGGUGUUUUUGUGCGGUGUGUGGGCUCUGUGAGCGCCACUCCGGGGUGGUUCCCUCGGUGGAGAUCGGAGGGAUGGCACCCUGAAGAGCAAACGUAAACAUGUCCCCCCUUUCAUCACAGCGAGAGCGAGCAUCUUUCUAGCCCAGGGACAGUGCCGAAAAUCCUUUCCUGCUUGCUGCAGGUAGCUGCAUCUCAUUGCUCAGUGAUGCUGGUGUGCAAAGCCAAUGCACGUCGGCCGAAAAAGUGAUUUCUUUAGCCACUUUUAAUAGCGCCUCGUCUCUGUCCCAGUGGCUUAAAUGUUGAGGAAGGGUUAAAAGAAAAGUUUGAGGAAAUGCAGAGAGAAAUCGAAAAUAAUAUAUAGAGACCCAGCCACAGCAUCACCCGGAGGCUGUUGACUGUACCACUAGUCACCACUAGGCGGCUCUGUGCUGAGCCUUAUUUUGUCUACCACAAAUGACAGUAUUUUUUUCUGUUUUUAUAUUAAGAAAAGGGGACUUUAAACAACACUAAUGGUUCCAAAUAGCAGGUUAUUGUAGGCUGUGUGUACUCUAUGCUCCAAAUGCCAUCUUUCGGUGAGCUCCACGUGUACUACGGGGUUCUCGGUGGCAUAAACUCCAGCUCCAGACCCUUUCCACCCGAAGGCCUCUGUUUGACUGCACAGAAACACGACCUGGUUGCCACACAACUUCUCGGGGAACUGGGAUGGCUGUGCAGGCACUGGGUCUGCUGUCCUCUCUGCUCAGUGGCAGAGGGGAACGAGCCCCGAGUAAAGCGGAGAGAGAAAACGCGCUGCAGACCCCACGGCCAGGUGUUGCUGGUUAGACUCCAGGCGUGGCUUGUAAGCCCUGUGGAGGGGCGAUGUUAGGCGGGACGGUUCCCGUGCAGGGAGGCCGCUUUCUCUGCGGCAUGGACGGGAUGAGCGCGAGGAAACUCCGCACCUAUUUGCCGUUCGUUAGCCCGCGAACUUCCACCGCCCUUCGCGGGGCGUUUUACAAAGCUGCGGGUCAGACGUGUGGGGCCGCAUUGCCAAUGAGUGUAGGCGAGCGGGAGGGACAGGCAGCGGCUGCGUAUCUACGCCAGGUCCCAGCACCUGCUCCCCGAAGGAGCUGCGCACAGCUCUGUAUCCGCUCCUGCCCCGGGGGGCAAUCUAGGCAACGUUAGAGCAGGUAGACAAACUCGGACUUGAAUUAUUGCCAGCAAAGGGCUCUAAAUUCUCAAGGUCAACCUGCUCUGAGGUCCAGACGCAGCACGCACUGAUGUGUGGUUUUAAAGGGACCUCAUUUUCCUGGUGCUGAUGGUGUAGCUUUUCAGAAGUAGUCUAGGAAGAGAGUAGAGGCGGGAAACUGGGAUGAGGAUGACUCGCAUUACUGUCUGGCUUUUGCUGUUGAAGUGUUGCCAUCCUACAGACAGAUUUGAGGCAAUGGAGUGGUUUACUUUCUUUUAAUCUCUCACUGACUUUGGCUGUGAGGUAAAUGUUCAGGCACGCGUUAGUUACCCAUACCCCCUUUUCAGUCUCCACUUGAAUAUCACAUCCAGCGGCUCUUCUAACUGUAACCCGAAAUGCAGCCAUUGAUCUCCACGUGGGAAGUCUUGAGCAUUUUAUAAAAAGCAGAUCUAUUAAAGCCAUAGCUGGUGGAGAACAGCCUAUGCUUUUCUAAAGAUUAAUCCAGCCUCUUGGAUUCAAGGCAAGUGCGGCACAAACUGAGAAGCAGAAUUGUAACCCAAUGGCUGAACAGUAAUGUAGGUGUUCAAUAGGAUUGUUUUGCUAGAUUCUGCCUUAAACCUCCAAUCUCAGUCUUAUUUCAAAUAGUGAGGAUGCGCUUAAAAAUUAAAAAAUGCAGCAAUCUAGAGGACUCUCCUGAGGAGCAGACAGCCGCAUAAACAAGCCCCCCACCCGACCCCAAGGCGCUCACCAUCUAAUGCUAAAUUCAGAGAGGCAUGAAUCUCUCAGCCAUGCCGUCUGCGUUCGAAUGGGCAGGGUUGCUAAAGCAGGUGCACGCAGCCGGGCAUGCUUGGAAGCGCCUGAUUCGUGUGCACACAAAUUUGCUCACGAAAUCAGGUGUUUCUUGGGCUCCCCGUCAGUAAGGUGCCUACCGGGGCACUUGCCUGCGCCAAUACCAGAUUUCCGGUCAUGACACAGACCUUCCUUUGAAAAUCUGCCCAGAAUUUACAAUGGGUAACCACCAAAACAUUUCGCAAGAACGCGGUGAAUGACUAUGUUACUAUAAGGAAUGGUGGAAUUUCAUGCGCCCCCUUCCCCCCCUCCCCCAGACACAGCAACAACACGGCUAUAUUUUUAACAGUACCGUCGGAAAUAAUUCCAGGUAUUGCCCAUCAGCCAAACCAGUUAUUACAUUUGAUUAAUUUUUAACGUAAUUGUCCCACUAUCGCACUAAACAAAAGCGAAUUAAAGUUCACACUCGGAGGUAAACCCCUGAUCUCCUUUUUGCUUAACCAGAAAUAUAAAAUGCAGCUUCUGCCUAAAAAAAUAUAGACAGUAAUUUUGUACACAGCACCAGCUCGCUUAUCGGAAUGAUUUGAGGGACAUUAACAUGUUCGGAUAAUCUUGUGGGCUACUGAGUAAAUGAAUAAUGUCUGGGGAUUGAUCUACAUCUUGGGGUACAGAGUUUGCAUAAAUAGGCUUUACUGUACAUAACUGGUUAAUAUUGUAAUUCCACAAUUAUUU